AUGGCUGCCGUCCAGUCAGCUUUGCAGAAGCUUGUUGAUGAUUACAUGCAUCAGCAUGUCAACCUCAAUGCCCCAGACUGGUAUAUCAAUCCUGAGUUCAAGGUGGUUAUGCAGGGAGAGGCUGGCCGCAGCAUUUGCAAUGCUACACCUCUCUCAUUCGCUCCCGGACUUCUUGAAGUCCUUCAAUCUCCUACGCCGCCUUCGCCUGACUACUGGUUGUCCACGCCCAAACCUGACGGCAAGCUUUGGGGUGUCUACGCUGCACUCUUGACCAAGGACGGAUGCGAGCCAGCUCUUUGCAUUGGCUCUGGUACUGAGGCCUCCACCGGGUACAAGAUUCGCAUCUCCCAAUACUAUGACAAGAGACAUCCUCUACUUCCUCGUUUUGUCCGUCUGUUAUACGACAAAGGUUAUGACCUUGCUCACAUUGGUCUGAUUUGUUGGUCACCUAUUCCAAAGGUCUCAAUUAUCCCACGAGCAAGACGUCGUUUCCUUGCCAUUGAGGGAACAUUCAUAAACAUCUUCUACUCUGCCAUUCCUACCAUCAUGGAUGGUAUGUGGACUCAUUUCAUGCCAUGGUCCCGCGAUGAUGUUCUUUGGCGCCCGUUGAAUAGUCACACGCCAUUCAAGGAGACUGCUGCUGGCGAUCUAAAGAUGACAGCAGAAGAGCUUCUGCUUGCUGAAGAGGAGCGAAAGAAACGCAGAGUUCACAUGUUGGAGAAGAUGAGAGAGGUAUACGACCGCGAACGUGCUCAAGACAUCGAUGCAUUCCGCUUGAAGAAGCGGCUUCAGGCAAUUUCGUGGGUUGCGCGCAACAAGGCCAAAGUCAGUGAAAUCAACAAACGCAGCAAGCAGAAGGCCCUCAAGACGAACCGAUUCCACUGUGAAUGUUGCAACAAGUCCUUCGCAGACCGCGCAAAGUUGACACGGCACAACGACACUGAUCGACAUAAGAUCAAAGCUUCAGGCGUCAGACCCCGUCUGACUGCGAAACAACGCAUGAACGCUGGACUUCGUGCUCAAAUACUUGCCAAUAAGACUUUUCAUUGCGAGCCAUGCAAUCAAACAUUUGAUGGGCAGUUCCAUCUGGACAAGCACAAGCUCACACAGAAGCAUCUCACCAAGGUCGCUUCUCAGCACCUGUGA